UACACUUGUAACUGUCAGUUACCGGAUGGCCGACGGCGGCGGCGGGAACAACCCAGCCAGGCCUUCGCCGACGUUCCCGACCAAACUGCAGCAGCUCGAUCCUCUCGAGUCCAAAAAGGUCCGGGACAAGCGGAGAAAGCGAGAGCAAGCUGCGCGUCGAAAGGCUGCGGAAAAGGAGCUGCUCCACGCGACGCUGCGGCGGCAGCUGGCGGCUGACGCGUCCAAGGCAUGGCAUCGCGACACAACCAACGACGAAGAGCUCCAGAUCAAGCGCUUUGAGCUGGACUGCGUGAGUCCGUUUGACGAGCACCCAGCGAGUGCUGGCUACGACUUUCGACCCCAACCGUUUCGUUCGCUCACGCCCGCGUCCGUAGCAUGCUUCAAUCCUGUUUUCUUUGGGUACGCCUUGGCCAAGACGUCGUCCACUGCGCUGCCGCCGCGCCCCCAGGGCGCGGCCAAGCAGGACAUCCCCCACCCCGCCUUCCUCGGAUACAUUCCGUGCCACCACCACGACGCCACGACCAUUUCGCCCGUGUUUCUCGGCAUGGAGUUUCGAAAACGCCACGUCCAAUCGGACAACGACAUGGAGCUUUGCGAGGACGUGAACAGCUCGACGCCCCGAACGCGGCAACUGGCCACCGCCGCCGACUUGAAGCGCAUCAUGGAUGCGCGCUUUGACACCACCGAGUGUUUGGUGUGUGAUUCGUCGCAACUAGAGGGAUGCCCAGGGUGUUGGGAGCCCCCGUCCGACUUUUAUGCUCAGCCAAAUCAAACAGCGGACCAGCUCGAAAUGUCCCCAGAACGUGCCACGUCAUCGCCGCCAGACCCGAAUCAACAACAGACUGGCAGCAGCACAUUGAUGCAAUGGGCACGACAACCACCCCACCAAGAGAGUACGGUCGUAUUGUCAUCCGAGGCCUUGUGGAGGCAAAACCUUCUCGUGGAUAAGUAUGCCAUUCGUAAACACCGAGACAAGAAACAAUACUUUGUGGACGUGGUGGUGAAAUGCGUACCUGCUGGCAACGUUGUGACACUGUGCGUCGACCCAACUGGCACCGUCAAGUAUUUGUACGACUUGUACCGGUUCAAUUGCGGGACGACCAUCGAGGGCGCCGGCGGCCGAAAGGUCUACCUCGUCCUCCCGACCAGCUGCGGGUUCUUUUGGAUGGAUGAGCUCGUGCUGGCCGCGUCGGAGCGCACGCUGGCCAUCACGAGGGGAAACUUGACGUUGAUGGACUUCAAGUUGACGCCGAGAUCAGGUUCAUCGAGUAAAGCCAUGUACAUGCUGUUAGCCACAUCCACAAUGCACGACGAGAAGACGCCGGCGAUGUUGGCCCAAUACCUCAAGCAAAAUUUUGCCGUGGCUCCGCUGGGCCAUUUGACCCUCCGACGCCAUGCCAACGAAGUGCCCGAGCCAGUCGUAGACGAUCCGUUGCAGCAAAGCAUGCAUCGCAAGGCGCCCGUGCUCGUCGAGUCGGCGCUCUUGAACUUCCGCAUGAGUCGAGAGUACGACCUGAUAGCAACACGCAAAGCCAUCAAAGCGUCUCGUGACGAAAAGAUGCUGGCAUUGGUGGAGCGCAGUCGGCACCUGACGAACCAACCGCGGCCGCGAAAAGUGGUCCGGGCAUACGCGUACUUUCGGUUUGCAUUGGCCGAGCCCAAGCCGCUGCCCCGACUCGCCAAGCUGUGGCAAUGUUUUCAAAAGUUUGACGAAUUGAAGAUCACCAAACGUGGCAAGUUGCUCGACGCAGCGUAUUCAGACGACACGGCGUCGUUGCUAUCGCAGCACCGGUCCGCGGCCGUCGACACAUUUGACAUCCUUGUGGACAAAGCCAACCACGCCAUGAUGCAUCCCGUGGUUGCCGUGUCCAAUAAAUAUGGGAUUCCUCUGGGCACACGGUAUGGCGUCACAGCCAAAGAAGACCGAGAGUACGCCGUCGAGCUGGACAUUGUCUUGCCUGAAGAGAUCCAUGUUAAGUUGGACGUAGCAUCGCCCGAGGAUGGCGGCGGCGCCGGUGGUGGAUCACACACUCCCCGUCGACGUCGUUUUCAUGAUAUGUUGGCAGCGCAAGCCGCGGCUGCCGUGUGGAAGGACAUGGAGUGGCGAAAGGAGGCGCGCAGCGAAAAGUUCUACGGCGGCGCAGACCUCGUCGUGGCACCAUAUUAUUUAGUACGCUGGGACUGCUUUGCCCAAGCGUAUUCCAUAGCUCGCAGUCAUUUGGAACGGGCUAAGGACCACCUGGACGCGUACAAUCGAUUGGCCAAACCGGUGCAAACGGAGGCUGUACUGAAACCUCGCGAGAUUGAGCGGUGGACCGCCGACGUCGACGCCUUGAUGCGCGAGCUGCCUGCGACGGGCGCAUUAACGCAGGCGUGUCGGCGGCUCCAAUCCAAGGCUGGGCUGCUCCCUGCCCGCGCCAGUCGGUAUUUGAAGGCCCUGAAGAAGUCCAGAGAAGAUGCAGCCAAAGCACUCGAGCAAGACGAGGCGCUGCCACCUAUGACUAGCACCGAGAAACUCAAAUUGGACUUCAAACUGCGCGAAGGGAUCUUGAGCAACAACUUUCGGCAGCUGGCGCCAGACAUGGACGUGGUGAAGGAGCGCAUGGCGUCGGUGAUGCGAAAAGGCGUGGGCAAGACCAAGUACUUGGCCCAACAGGUCAAGGAUAACAUUGACAUUUUGAAGCUGUAAUAACUUAACGAGAUUCAAAGGAUCGAGUGUACACUACACGUGUAGGACACAUCAGCUGUACUAGUAUGUAGGGUCUUCUAAGCUUUCGAUGUUUAGUACUAGUAUUGAACAUCGUCG